UGAGAGCACCAGUGGGAGCACGUCCAGCAGUGCUACCACGUGCCUAGCUGCCACCCUCACCAGCGCCACGUCGGGCGUGGCUCUCACGAGAAGCGCCCUGCACUCCCCGUCCGUCAUGCGUGGACACACAGAACCAUUCGCCUCCGUGCAGUACUACUACUGCAUAAAAUCUGGAGUCUUUGGGAUGAUAGCCUCCUUGAGCGCGCGUGUCUUCGUUCUUCGUUAUUCUGCACAGGGUACACGGUCGUCAUGCGAAACGCUAUGCAUCUAAUAGUCCUCAGGCUCGGCGCGCUACUCUUCUUGGCGAGCGCGCUUUCAAGUUGCUCCCUGUCGGCCGCUCAGACCAUCGACUCGUCGCAAGAUGCGUUUCUGUUGGACUGCCAGGACGCAUGGGGCGCGAACAUGGCAGGGUGGACGCCGGGGGGCAACUGCGCGAAUGCAUCCUUCCUCACAUGCGAUGCUGCGGGGAUGAUCACCAACAUCACAAUUGAGCACAUAUCGCUGGGGGGGCCGCUGCCCGACUCCAUUGGCGACCUCGUUCAGCUCACUCACCUACAGCUAGGGGACAACGGCCUCAUUGGCACUAUCCCUGCCUCCAUCACUCUCCUCACCAACCUCGUCUACCUACUGCUCGGGGACAACGGCCUCACUGGCACUAUCCCUGGAUCCAUCACUCUCCUCACCAACCUCGUCUACCUAGCCAUCAACGGCAACAACAUCACUGGCACCAUUCCUCCCUCCAUUGGCAAUCUCGCAGCACUGACUCACCUGUCGUUCUAUACAACGCAUCUGAGUGGCUCCAUUCCUCCCUCCAUAGGAAACCUCACCAACUUGGCCAACUUAGGGCUCACCACCAACCGGUUGAGUGGCAGCAUCCCGGACACCAUCGGCGCCAUGACCAGCCUUCAAGUCAUCCAGAUCCUUGUGAACAGUGUCUCGGGGUCGAUUCCACAGUCCAUCAGCAAUCUUUCACGCCUCUAUUACCUGGGGUUAACAUUAACCAAGCUGAGUGGCACCAUUCCGUCGUCCAUCGGAAAUCUCCUCAACCUGCGAUCCGUGUACCUGGACCGCAAUGAGCUGAGUGGACCCAUCCCGCCAUCACUGGGCGACCUCACCAACCUUGAGAGCCUGUUUCUGGGCAGCAAUCAGCUGGAGGGCUUCAUCCCAGCGUCACUUGGCAACCUUGCCAACCUCUUGUACCUGGGGCUGGAUGCAGCUGGCCUGACAGGGCCCAUCCCUCCUGCGCUGGGUGAUCUCACCAAUCUCGCAAGCCUAGCUCUCAGGGAAAAUCAACUGCGGGGCUCCAUCCCAGCAUCACUGGGCAACCUUGUCAACCUCACCAACCUACUAUUGAAUGGGAACGGGUUGACAGGCUCCAUCCCCUCGUCUUUUGCACAGCUCACAAGGCUUCAACACUUCGAUGCAGCCAACAACUCUUUGACCGGGACCUUCCCCACAUUCCUUGGCUCUCUGCCUCAGCUCACUCAGGUCGCCACGGAGGGUAACUUCCUCGUGUGCCCGGCAGACAGUGGCUCGUGCACGCUCAACACACUCGACCCUUCCAACCCCUGCAUGCUCUGUGGCUUCAUCUGUGGGGCGUGCUUGCAGCAAGCCCCCCCUUCUAUGCCCUCCCCCCCAGCAUCACCCUCACUAGCACCGCCCUCACAAGCCGCACCCUCACUAGCGCCGCCCUCACAAGCAUCACCCUCACUAGCGCCGCCCUCACAAGCAUCACCCUCACUAGCGCCGCCCUCACAAGCAUCACCCUCACUAGCACCGCCCUCACAAGCAGCACCUCCGUCCACCCCACCGCCCUCGUCACCUCCACCCCCUGUUGCCCCUCCCUCUUCACUUCCUCCCACCACUCCCCUCUCACCUGCAUCACCUCCCUCUGCACCGCCAACGCCUUCCUCUGGAGCCGGCCUGUCAACGGCUGCCAUCAUCGGCGUUGCGGCUGCUGCUGGUGCUGCCAUAGUGGCCGUGCUGCUGCUGGCGGUGUGCCUGUGCAUGAGAGCAGUCAGCAGCCAGCAGCAUUCGGAACACCCUGCAGGCUUCCCUGUUGCAGCACCAGGUGCGGAGGCAGCAGCAGCGCUGGCUCUACAGGCAAGGGCAGGGGGUGGGGGAGCAGCGUUGGAUGCAGGAAUGGUAGGGCUGGGUGGGGCGGGGCCCCAUGUGUGCAGGAAGUACUCCCUGGCGGAGAUGGCGAGGGCCACGGGGGAUUGGGCAGAGGGGAACAGGAUUGGCAGCGGCAGCUUUGGGGAUGUGUACAAGGGCGCAUCUCCCCAUGACCCCUCUGAGCUAUGGGCUGUGAAGCGCGCCAAGCUGCUCACCAAUGACUUCCACAGAGAGGUGAAGGAGAUGGAGUCGAAGCACCACCCGAACCUGGUGCGGCUGCUGGGGUACUGUGUGGACGUGGACGCGGCCACGGCGCGCAUGGAGCAAGUGCUCGUGUAUGAGUUCAUGGCGAACGGGGACCUCGAGGCCUGGAUUGGACCCGGUGUCCCCAGGUCCCUGACAGCGCAGCAGCGGCUGGAUGUUCUCGUAGGGGCGGCUCAGGGGCUGCGGUACCUGCAUGAGUUUGGCAUUGUGCAUCGCGACAUCAAGCCAGCCAACAUCCUCCUGGACUCCAAGAUGCAGGCUCGAAUUGCAGACUUCGGCCUUGUGAGGCUGGUGGGAGGCACUUCAAUGACUGCCACUCGAGUGAUGGGAACACCGGGCUAUGUGGACCCUGCCUACUUGAAGACACAGAAGGCCACUCCUACAGCUGAUGUGCACAGCUUUGGAGUCGUGAUGCUGGUGGUGAUCACAGCACGCAAGGCCAUUCAUAUGGGCGAUGACAGCCAGACCACCCUCAAGCAAUGGGUGGCUCCGCUGGUGGCAUCCAACGCAGUGGCGGCAUUCAAGGACCCGCAAUUGGAAGCACCGGACAAUUUGGUGUUACGCAUGGCUCGCCUUGCCCUUGCCUGCACAGCCAUGCCCACUGCCUCGCGCCCCUCCAUGAUCCGCAUACUGGCUGAGCUCCAGCAGAUGAAGAGUGACUUCUUUGGAGCUGACCUGGACAGGGCAGCAUGCCGCAUUGACAGGGAGCUUGCCUUCAUUGCAGUGGAUGCUAAUUUCAGUGCCGAGAUUGCCCGUGCAAAGAACAUAGGCCUUCUCGCAGGAUCGUCUGGCAGUACAUAAUCUCAUGAACUGUGUCGAUAAGUGAAGCUAUUGUGUCGACAAGCUUAUUGUAUUAUCGACAUCCAUUUUAUGAUCUCCUCGGAAUAUGUGCACAGGGUAGCAAACUCAUGGAGGGGGAUAAAACCCUGAUCACGCUAGAAGACGAUCGUGGUAGAAUAUAAGGCCUUCGAAGUUAUACGUGGAGGAUUACCGUAUUCCCCCGGAUAAAACACCCGCCGGAAUUAAUCACCCAUGGGUGGUUUGGGCGGACCUGGGUGCUUUAUUAAACUGGAUAUUCAUACCACCCUAGUUUUUGGCAUGAAUCCUAUACACCA